AUGAGUGACUCCGUGUGGGUCAGAUGGGUGCAUGGUAUUUACACAAAGGGUGGAAAUUGGAGGGACUUUAAUGUUCCAAUAACUUUAAGUUGGGCUUUUAAGAAAAUAUGCAAGAUUAAAGAUAGGCUUGAUCAAUGGGUGCAUAACGGAUCUUAUUCCAUUCAGGAAGUUUAUCAUGGGCUCUUAGGGGCUGGGCAACCAGUAAAUUGGGCGAGUUUUGUAUGGAAUAGAAGUUCUAUUCCUAAAGCUAGAUUUAUAUUAUGGCUAGCUGUGAAUGACAGAUUGAAGUCUAGGGACAAGUUGUUUGCAUUAGGGCUUAUCUCAACUGACGUUUGUCCAUUAUGUGGUUUGAUAUCAGAAUCUAAUACUCAUCUCUUCUUUGCUUGUAUCUAUAGCCUUCAAUGUCUUCGAGACAUUUUGACAUGUCUUACGUAUGAGGUUUGGAGUGCUCGGAAUGAUUCUAUUUGGAAUUUCAAAGUUCCUAAGAAAACAUUUGAAAAACUUGCUAUGAAACUGCAAGCGAGGGCAAAAGGACGAUAA